AAUAUAAUAAACCCAUAACGACCUGUAAAAUAAGUUUAUAUUAUAAUGGAUGAUUUAGCAUCUCUACAAAAUUUUACAACUGACUCGACUUCAUCGGUGCAAUCAGAUGCACCGCCGAAGACAAUAUCGAAGAAGGAAAAGGAACUUAUAGCCAAUAGAGACGUUGUAGAUCACGAUGAAUCGCCGAAAUGCUCGAAUAUAAUCACAUCUACCAGUACUUCUUCCUCGACUACAAUUUCAAUUGGCGCCUUCAACUCAGACACCCAAUUUCAAAGAGCAUCUGGCCAUGAGCCGCCACACAUUGGCUACGAGCUGAGCGUGGCCAAGUCGAUCUUACAGCAAUACAGCACAUUGAGCGGAGAUAACCUAUUCGAUCAUUUAAGUGACAUAGUUAAGCGCGUCGUUGACGAACGACCUCCGAAUGUUAUUGAUUUCUUUGAAGAGUUUAGUCGAAAUGUACGCGAGCAGAAAUUCCAUGUGCCGGAACGCUUUCCCCCCAACGCCGUCUUUGCCGACUGUCGCAUGUUCCGUCCCGCAAAGCGCAUAUUGCACUCGAUAAAGCUACCACAUAAUGCCGAAGGUUCUGACCUCGGCGGAGAUGAGGACUUUGGCGAAGAGGCAUACACAUACGCCGAUGGGGACCUUCAAAUAGAUCUUGAUGAUAGUAUGCGUUUGUUCGUGUCCUUCAAUGAACGUGUCGAGCAGCUGCAGUUCUUUUGGAACCAGUGCGGCUUUACAAUCAGCAAAGAUGAUAUUUUCCAAUUGGCAGGCUCUAUUAACCGACUGCAGACCCAUCCGUCCAUAAUGCAAUGUCGAUUUUGGGGCUGUAUUAAUGGCUUGAAGGCGUCUUACUACAUUGUGGAAGCUUCUCUUACUCGAGAGGAGAUCAGCUCACGCCUGACAAUGAUGGAGGAAGAAAUGCGCGAAAAGCAACUGCCUUUCAAGAUGAGAAAGAAUCAAGAGCCGAAUCCUUUGCCCUCACACAUAGGUCCCGAGCUAACUCCAGGAGUUUAUGGAUGGGAGAAUUUUUCGCCCGAGGAUUUGGAAAAGAUGACACCAAAGGCUCCGCCAGUGCCCUUGGCAGAGGAAAUUGAGUUCUACGAUAUACCACCGGAAUUAGUGGGACUGGGCUGCAAUCGAUACUCAUACUUUGUCGUCAACAACCUCUAUGAUGAUUGGAUUGAAUUACCCAUAGUGACGCCUAGGCAAAUUGUUGUUUCUCGCCAAAUCAAGAAGUUCUUCACUGGUGACUUGGAGUCUGAUAUUGUAUCGUAUCCAUGCUUUCCCGGCAAGGAAAAGCAUUAUUUACGUGCCAUAAUUGCUCGUAUUACGGCUAGCACUCAUAUCGCACCGCAAGGUUAUUAUAGGCGUAUGACUAAGAAGGAAAAAGAUCUAUUUGAUGGCGUCAACUUUGACGACGAGGAGGAGGAGCWAGAAGAGGAAGACAAUUACAAUGAAGGCGAAGAGGAUACAAUUCAAGAUAACGAUGUAAUGCUCUUGAAAAACGAACGAUUUGAAAUAGAGCCCCUGGCAACUCUAGCAACUCCUGUUGCCUGGGUUCAUUGUAGACCAAAUAUUUUAAAUCAAGGUCGUAUUGUUUGGUACGACGAGGAGAAAGCCCGCAAGGAGCGAGAGAAAGCUCUGGCGAUGUAUUUGAAGAUGCGGCUUAUGGAGGAAAUGGAUGAAGAGGUUGAAGAAGAGGAGGCUGAUGGUGAAGAGGAGGGCGAAGAAGAGGAAAUGAUAGAGGGCUUUAAUCAACCAGAGACUGGCCCAGACAUUUUGACAUCAUGUGCCAGCGAUAUGAGUCCGGACUGUGUUAUCCCAUGGCUGGUGCGUUUCACGAGCCGAUAUACUAAUCAAAAGGAGCGCGUUUUGGUUAUGCAAUCGAAUAUAUGGCCUGGCGCAUUCACUUUUAUUUUCGAAAAGACAUGCGAAUCCAUUUACUUGGGAUGGGGACAUAAGUUUUGCAGGCGCAACAUACCAUUUAAGCACUUGCCCAUUGUUCAAGAAGAAUUUCCGCAUUCAGUUGAAGAUUUCAUUGAGACUACUGAUCCCUCGGUUGAGGACGAAAUUGCCUACAACGAAUGGCUGUUGAGUAAGCAGAAGAGACAAGUCGAUAUCGGAGAAAGCCUGCAUGAGUACGAUGGCGAGGAUAUCGACGACUACGACAACGAUGACAAUGAUGCUUAAGACACUUGAAAUAACAUGGGUUACUUGUAGCACUUAGUCUUCCAAUGUUCACAGAAAUUAAUGCAAAUGGGUCUUAAAUAAAGAGUUAUCAACUUAAUGGAGAGUU